AAAAAAGGGAUUAAGGAUCAAAAUCAAAUUCCAUUUUUUUUAAAAAAAAAAAGAAAAAAAAAUUCUGCAUAUUUUUAUAAUAUUAAUUAUAUUUGUAUAUAAACAAUUAGUUUGAAAAUCUUUUUUCUUUUGAGUUUUUCUGAGAAAGAAAAGCCAUUUCUCAUCUCCAAGAUUUCUUCUCUGCUUUUCAACUUCAAAGGAAACUCUUGUUCACUAGUUUAUCUUCUCUCUGCUUCGAUUACAACCUCAUUGAUCAUGGCAAGUUUUUGUAAUUUGCCAAGAAACAUAUUGGGGAGAAUUAUGUUAUUGGUACCUCCUGAUUCUGUGCUUCAGUUUAAAUUUGUGAACAAGUUUUGUUAUUCGCUGAUCUCGGGUUUAAUCAAAGACCAGAAAUUUGUUUCCAAGCACCUCUUCAUUACCAAAAACCAGUCCUCUGCAUCCUUACUUUUCAAAAGGCCUUUCAUCCAUGUCGAUGAUCACUUAAUCAAAUACCCGUUAUUGACUAUAAUAUAUGAUGAUGAUGAUGAUGAUGAUGAUGAUGGUGAUGAUGAUGAUGAUGAUGUUAAGUUGUUCUAUUCAGUUGUACCUGUCCCAGGAUCUAUUAGUUUACCUCUUAUUCAUGAUGAAAGGUGCAAUGAUGAGAAUCAAUGGAAUCGGUUUUAUCACUGCGACGGACUCAUUUUGCAAGUAAAUCCUCUUGGGAGAAUGAUGUUAUGCAAUCCUUGUUUGAAAGAAUCCAUGAUUCUCCCACAACCAAGGAACACUACAAUUAAAGGUCCUUAUACCAACAUAGGAUUUGAAUUUGAUUCUAAAACCAAUGAUUACAAAUGUGUCGCCAUCUGGUUCGACGAUGAAGACUAUGCAUUUGAGGUAUACACAGUUGGUUCUGAUUCUUGGAGAGAGAUCAACAUGUCUCAAGAUGUAAUAGUUGGUAUUAUGGGUGCUAAAUUACAAGAUGGUUUAUGUUGGAAUGGUGUUUGUUACUGGUUUGUUGUGUUUGAUGAUACAUAUGAAAAUGUCCUGACUUUUAAUGUGAGUAAUGAGGAAUUUGACCUCAUAAGGGAUUUGCCAGUUGGUGAACUUUUGGUGUCUGAUGAUAGGCCUCACCUAUCAGUGUGGAAUGAUUCACUUGUUUUGUGUUGGAGAGACACUGACAACAACCUUUGCAUCUCCACCAUGGAUGGUACCAAAAAUGUUCAGCUUCCAACAUUAGACUGUCAUUUUCGUGUUUUACCAUUUUCCAAGAAUGAUGACUUUUUAAUCAAAUUCUGGAGAGAUUAUGGGACUCAAACACAGUUUGUGUCUUGCAACUUUCCUAGAGGAAUUUCCAUGAUUUUUUAUGUUUUAGCUAGAAACAUAGCUGCUUUUUUUGAAUGUUUCUAUGUCAAGACUCUGGUUUCCAUUAAGAGAAGAGGUGAAGUUGAUCAAAAAUAGUUUUUGUGUUAGUGAUCUCAACAUGUAAAGUUUUUAUGUUUUUGGAAUGAUUGAUGAUACUGUUUAUUUGUUUAUAAAAGAGUUGUGUAAUACUUCUUUGACCA